UGGCGGCAGAAGAAAAUGGCUGCGAAAACAGAUAUUGUUCGAAUUUCUUACGGUGAACUAGAAAAUAUUGUACAGAAAAAGACAGGGAAAUCUUCAGCACAUCAAGAAAGACAAGUGAAAGAAGAUGAGCAGGCAGCCAGUAGAUUGGAAAAAAAGAAGGAAAGGCGACAGAAGCGCCCAACAAGAGGAGUGUACCAGCCACCUAGUAUCUUAAGGCACAAACAACAGCUUGAACAGUCGGGGGGAGGGGACUGGAAUGGAGACGCAGAAGGGGGAACACAAAGUGAAUGUUGGGAGGGAGAGUUAGAUGUAGAAAGUCAUGGGUCAGCCACUAACAGCAGCAAGGAAAAUAGUGUAGAAAAAGAGGUUGACUCGGUCCUUAAAAGCAUUCGAAAUCUACAAGUCCAGUCUGAUGAUGGAUUGGUUAGUACUGGAGAUUCAAAGAAGAAGUUUAAGUCUGGAAAAAGGCCCGAGAUGCAGCGAUAUGUUCCAAAGGGGAAGCUGAUGGAGCAACAUCAAAAAGACUCUGAGUCAGAGGAGGUUGAGGAUUCUUCAAGAAUUCCACCAGUGAAUUCAUUUGUGGUGGCCUCUCCACUUCUUGAUGACAGCACUUCUUCACGUAAAAUAGACUUAGGGAAAUCUUCCCCUUUGGAUGUAAAGAUAACAUUUGCAAAUCCGACUUCUUCACCUCAAGGAUCAAAAUCAGAUGAUGUCCCAACCACAUCUCAGAGAGCUGGGAGUGAGUCAAGGUUAAUGAGAGGUCAAGGGGAAUCUCAAACAACUGGAGGUCAAGCAUGGAGAUCAACUGGAGGUCCAGAAGAGGGUCAGAUGCAAGAUAGGAACAAAAUUGACAACAAUAAUCAGAAAUUUGUAAGAGAUAAACGGCAAGGUCAGAGAGGACAGUUCAUGGGUGACAGAGGAGGUAAGCAUGGAGGAGGCUAUGGAAGGGGACAGAAUCGAGAGGAAGGAUAUGGCACUUGGCCACGGGAAAAGGGAAGUGGUAGAGGAAGCCCUCAAAAGGGGGACAGUCCACCUCAGACUGAAAAUUGGGAUGUAGAAUUAAGGAUUGUGGAAAAGGGUGAUAUUGAGGAGAAAGAUGACAAACAGAAUCAGAAUAAUGGAACCUCUCAAGUUAGCUCGAAUGUUGUUACUGGGACAGAACCUCCAAAACCUCAACGGAUCAGUCAGCGACGUUCACGUGAUCGACCAGUAAAGCAGACUACUGUGUCCAUCGUUGACGCUCCGGACGAACCAGAAGAUGCCAGUGGUAGUCACAUACCAACCAUGAUUUUUGAGAGACGGAACAGUAAUUCAUCAUUAACAGGCAGCAUACAGGGUGGCAACGGAAACCUGAAACAAAAACCUCCCAAAGGUCAGAUUUCGGCCAAGGGACCACCAAAAAGGUACUCGCUUUCAACUAUGCGACGACAGAGGACUGGCAGUGUCAGCAGUGAUGUGAGUACUGCAAGUGAUUUGAGCAUUGACGAUGAAACAACAACAAGGAUCCUUGAUUGGGAUAAGGAAGUAGAAAGAGAGAUGGCAAAACAAGUCCAGGAUGAAACACUGAAGUUGAAGGAAUAUCUGGAGAGACAGGGUGAUUUCCCUGGGAUGGACUUUGGAAUGGGUGUAAGUAGCACUGAUCAGAAACAAUCGGACAGAAUGUCAGAAACAGGUAGUGAGUAUGGAAUGUACCGUGACAAAGCAAGUGAGAGACAAUAUAGACCCUCACGAGCUAAAGACAAUCAAUACAACGAGAACAUUAAUCGCAACUCAGGUUCCCGUGAUAGACAUGGUGGCAGUGAACAUUGGUACAAUGAAUUGCCUAGGAGUAGGCGAAAAAAUAGACGCAGUUCCCUGAAUGGUCGACAGAGUCGUGACUCCAGUGUGUCCAGUGUUCAGAGUGUCCAGAGUGUCCAGAGUUACCAAGGAGAUGAGGGGGAGAAGAUGUACCACAGUCUGAGUCUUCCACGGAAAGGUAGGCGUCGUAGAAGGAGCAGCAAUUCCAGUCUAAAGGAUAUUAGUUCUAGCCGUGAGGCUCUUAACAACCCAGAAAACCUCAAACUCAAAAUAACAUUUGCUCAAGAUCACAACGAGAAACGUCAAGUCACAAUGCAAGGACCCGGUCAAGGUCACCAGCAAGGUCAUGGCCAAAGUCACCAGCAAGGUCAUGGCCAAGGACACCAGCAAGGUCAUGGUCAUGGUCACAAACAAGGUCAUGCCCAAGGACACCAGCAAGGUCAUGAUCAAGGUCAACACCAAGGUCAGGUUCAUCAACAAGGACAAAAAGGGCAGGGGCCAGCACCACGAGGCAGAGGGCGGGGCAGAGCCCGGAGUGCUGAGAGGAGUAGGGAUAAACAGGGAUCAGGGGGUCGUUCUGAGGAUUACAGAGAUCAAUCAGGGCAGGGAAAAGAUCACAAUGAUAGAGGGGGCACUGGGAGAGGGCAGGAUCGCAGAAGUGUAGGCAGAGGACAGGACAUGAGGGGCAAUCAAGGAUGGGGACAAGAUGCAAAGGUUGGAAGCAGAGACAACAGAGGAAAUGGCCAUGAAACGAGGGGUCAAAGCCAUGAUGCCAGAGGUUAUAAACAGGACAUUAGGAGCCAUGGUGAAGAUUCUAGAAGUCAAAGUCAUGAUACAAAAAGUCAACGACAAGAUAUUAGGGGUCCAGGUCAUGAUGCCAGAGGUCAUGGCAAAGAUGUGAGAGGUCAUGGCAAGGAUCAACAUCAUAGAUAUGACCGAAGAGAACGUCGACACUCAGGGCGUGACGAACCUAUGCAUGAGGCUGGUACCUCACCCCGCGGUGGACUUCUUAAGCUUCCAUCUGGUGCUCUUCAUAAUGAGGCUCAUAAUUAUCAGGAUGAAAGUCAAGGUCACAGCAGAAAAAAUGUUGGUCCUCAAGCUCAUACAGGCUCCUCAGGAAACUCUACUAGAGGUGGGGCAGGACAGAGGAGACUCUUUGACCCUAACAAUCCGAACAAGCCUAUCAUGAUACAGGAUGGUAACAAAUCCCAAAACUUUCAGCAGGACAGCAAUAGUAAACCGCUUCAGUUCCAGGAUGUUGGUCAAGAUAACCCUACCUCACCUACCUCGCCCCUUGGGCAACCUCCCUUUCAUCAGGGCUACCCACCCACAGGUCUGGCUGCACCCUACUUUCAAAAUUAUGAUCCUAGGUUUGUGGAUGCUGGCCAUGCCUUUCCGCAGCGACAUCCCGGUCCUCAUUCGGUACCCCUUUCAGGACAUCCUGGGCCACCUGGGGGCUACUACUUUCCCUACCCAGUGCCGUAUAGAGACAUGGCUAUGUACCCAGAGGAGAUGUACCACAGGGAUCCAUACUACCAGGGAGGAGAGUAUGACCAGGAUAUUGCCAUUUCCGGCCGGUCUCGCACACAGUGUCGUGCUAUAGCAGAGCGAAUGAUUCAAGAGUCUCUCCCAUUAGACAGUCAGCUGAGUGACUUGGUGGCUAGGCGACUAUCUGGCAAGGAUUUCACUGCCCUUGCCCAGAUCAGACAAGAACUGCAGUGUAAGUGUGAACAGGUAAUACUCCUCGACCUCGACGUGGCCAACAAACACAACGCCGAGCAGAUCCUGUGGAAAUCUGUGUACUACCAGGUCAUAGAGGUGUUCAGGAAAAAUCUGGCGGAGGAAAAGGACGAGGAAACCAAGGCCCAACUCACUCAUAUACUCAAUCAGGGAACUGAGUUUUACGAGCGCCUACUUCAGAAACUCCAGCAGACUUUUAACUUCCAGCUUGAGGUUUUCUUGGACACAACUGUCUUGCCCCCAGACAACAUCUCUCGUACAGUUAAACUUGCUCUGUUAAGCACCCAAAGGACCCUGAUUUGUCUUGGUGACAUUGCACGUUAUAGAGAGCAGAGCAAUGAUACAGGAAAGGUCAACUAUGGAAGAGCAAGAAAUUGGUACUCCAAGGCACAGCAAAUAGCCCCUAAAAAUGGCCGCCCCUACAACCAACUGGCUAUCCUGGCUCUCUACACGAGGAGGAAGCUGGACGCAGUAUACUACUAUAUGAGAAGUUUGGCAGCCAGUAAUCCAUUUCUGACAGCUCGGGAAAGUCUCAUAUCAUUGUUUGAUGAAGCAAGAAAGAAGGCCCAGAACUCGGAGAAGAAGCGUGAACAGGAGAAGGAAAAGUCCCUACAGCUGAAGCAGCAGAAGAGACAGCAAGGGGAGAGAAUUGAGGUAUGGGUGUCCGCAGACGGCACAAGUACCGAGGACACCGGCGAGGGGAGUACUGACCAGGACUUGUCCAAAUUGGAUGCUGUGGAGCUGAAUAAAAGAUUUGUUCUCAGUUUUCUCAAUGUUCAUGGAAAGCUCUUCACAAAAGUUGGGAGAGAAACGUUCCCAGAGUGCUGUGCCCAGAUGCUGAAGGAAUUUGAUGCAUUGCUUAGGCGAGGGGCAAUAGGCCCAACACGACUGCUUCAACUCAUGGCUAUCAACAUGUUCGCCAUUGACAACACAGCCCUGAAAACUACAUUGUCACCCUCUGACCCCAACUUUGAACUUUUGAGAUCGGAACUCCAAGAACAGGCAGUACAGCUUGGCUUAGACAUGUUUGGAAUCUUGGUGCGGCGAUGUUCAGAACAGCUGAAGGAACACCUGGUCUCCAAUGACUAUCCCACCCACAUGUUCAGCCGUGAGCUAGAGGAACAGGUGCCUGGCAUCAAAGUGUGGACCGACUGGAUGUACUGUAACCCAACCCUAUGGAAUCCACCUCCGAACAUACACGAGUUUACUUUCGGGCCGGAUGUUGACGUGUGGCAGUCAUGUGCGGACCUGUGUAACAUACUGAGGAAUGUAGACACAUCUCAUGUCAAACUCUACAGAGACAAAAAAGAAGGCUGUGAUCCAGUUAUCUUACAUGAAGAUAACAUGCUGGCUGGAUUUGUGCCCCUGCUUAGCUUACCAAUAAAACUUCACUACGUACAUAGUACAGUCACUAAGGAAAUAGCCAAGGACUGCUGUAGGAUAGAAAAACUUCAGGACUUUGGGGAUUACCUCUGUGGCAUUCCUACUCCAAUGUUGUCCUUCGAUGUGGAGAAAAAGCAGUACUAUUCUGUAGCGCCACCUACUGGAUUCUCAGAUGAGGAGAAAGAGGAUGACAAGUCUGAGGGCCAACUGUCUGGUGAGGAAGAGGAUGUGAUCGUGGAGAGCGAGUCAGAGGAAGUUACAGGAGAGGAUGACGAACAUGUGCGACAUCUACGAGAGAAAAAGGAGGAGUUGAAGCGCAUCAAGGAAGAACAGCGGAAGCAGAAGGAGACAUUCCAGAAGAUCGUGGAUAAGAACCGGCACCAUUUGAUACAACUGGAGAUUCACCCCAUCUUCUUGGUCCCCGACACCAACUGUUUCAUAGAUCAUCUCAGCAGUGUAAAGAAACUCAUACAGCACCAGAAAUAUACUGUCACCAUCCCACUGAUAGUGAUAAAUGAAUUAGACGGUCUGGCCAAGGGUAGUAGGAUGGGGCAGUAUGACAGCCAUGAGCACGCUGACAAGGUGAAGAAAAGUGCGGAGGAGACCAUCAGAUACCUGGAGGCAGAGUUCCAGAAGAAAAACAACCAUCUCCGAGCACAGACCACAAAAGGAAAUGUCAUGGAAACUAUUUCAUUCCGCAGUGAGGAAACUGACACAGAUUCUGGAAACAAUGAUGACCUUAUUCUUUCCUGUUGUCUCCACUACUGUAAGGACAAGGCAAGAGAUUUCAUGACAAAGGAUAAAGAUGCACCGAUCCGACUCUACAGGGAUGUUGUGCUGCUAACAGAUGACCGAAAUCUACGUCUGAAGGCACACACCUACAAUGUACCGGUCAAAGACGUCCCUUCAUUCAUGCAGUGGAGUAAGGUCACCUGAUGCCUGAGGUCACCAAUGUGAUGUCACAGUUCAUAGAGGUCAAGGCCAUCAGAUGUGGCCUGCUAGCUCCCUCCCUCAGUCUUUGAUGGUGUGUGAUGAAAUGGAGUGGAAUAAUCAGUCAGGCGUGAUGGGAGGAUGAGUUAUGCAUGACCGAGUCACUUCCCCUUAAUAGACUGAGAAGGUUGCAAGAUCGUCUCGUCUAGGUUAGGGGGUACUGCAUUUGCUAUGUGUGUACUUACCCUCUGCAGUUAAAAAAGUGUGUUUGUUACUUAAGCAUAGUCAACAUUCAUUCAAAAUAUGUCAGUAUACCUUAGAUUAAGGAAAGUAUCAUACAGCAAAUUAAUUCCAGUUUGAUUUGUCCGAAGUAACGUAACGUUUCCCGGCUUAUCAACUGACGUUUAAAAUAUGUAUUUCUCUGCCAUAAAGGCAUCUGAGAAGCAGUAUGCUGAUGUGAGGCAUAUUGAGAGAGGCUUUAUCCUCGGCUCUACUUUGGAAUGUUGAAAAACAGGAAACUGACGGAGUGUGUUAAUUAUAGUAUGGACCCCUGUCAGCAUCAGACCAGGAUGUUUGACAUUCUGAUCACGUAUAUAGCUGUGAAGUUUUGCAUCAGAUUGCGUUAGUUAACCUGUGUUUUUAGUAUUAUAUUGGACUGACAUGGACAGUGAGGUAAUUUAUUAUUUAUUCUUGUGUAUUUGACUUUUAUCUUGAUACAUUGAUUUGUUAUGUCUUCAGUGACAAUGUUAAGGUGGUGGAAAGGCAAUGGAAAGAGUAUCUCUUAGUAAACUAUCUUACUAACAAGGCAGGAAUGGAACGUCAUUCUGUUGGAUGAUACAUCGGCAUACCUAAAUGGAAACUGGAAAUAUGGCGUUUGAUGAGAGGACUUACCAGCUUGGAAUGAUUUUAUAAGGAAGGGAAUAUGCAAGUCAAGAACUAUUGCAUACAAACAGGAACAGAUCUGUGGAGGAAGGAGCAGGAAAGGAUUGGUGAUAUUUUAAAAUGAGUAAAACACUUUGAUGGCUUCUGCAUAGGAGCUACCAAUCUCGGAAAUUCACUGGAAUUGUUCUGAAGUUUCAGGGCCACCAACCUCAUGAAGUUGACUGGAAUUAUUGAAAUAUAGGUGAAUAAAAGUUGAACUGUCAAUUUCAGAAACUUCACCCACAAAGGGUGGGGAUAUUUGGGGCUACCAACCUCAGAAAGAUGGCAGGAAAUGUUCAGCGAAUUGGAGCUAUUAAACUCUGAAAGUUGUCUAGAGAAGAUUGGAGACUUCGAGGUACAAACUUAAUAAAUUUGACUUUAAGUGUUAAAUGAAUUUAAACUGCUGAUGUCAGAAAGUUGUCUGUAAAAGAAUUGGCUUGUUAACCUCUGAAAACUGGCCGUAAAACAAAUAGACUGAGAUGGGGAAUCUGGAAAACAUUGUUAUUUCAGUGGCUCCAUCAAGCUUGUGGUGACAUUUACAUAUAUAUAUAGGAGGUGUGUGAAUUAAUGACCCAAUCCCAGACGAGACCUAAGCUUAAGAGCUUCAUAUACAAAUUCAUAAACUUUUGUGUAUCCUAAGUUAUGAAUACCUGAUAUACACUGUAAAACACUGUAAAUGUUUUAAUUACAGUCACAUAUUCAUUGACUUCUAGAAUCUCUAGCAAUUGUUUGUUUGCUUGAUUGAUUCAAUUGAUUAUUUUUGAGAUACAUCAAUACAGAAAUAAAAGAAAAUCAUAAAUUUUAGGGUUCGAAAUAAGAAUCGAACCAAUGCCAUUCUAACAUUACAGUAAUUCUUAUUGAGGAAAUAACUAAUUGUAUGAUUCUUUACCCUCUAUAAACAAAGGAGAACACCAAUUCAGUUGAUACAAAUAGCUUUGAAGUAGAAAUCUUAAUGAUUAUAACCGAAAGGGAAUCUACAUUGAAGUACAAUAAGUCAUAGUUCAUUUAAAUGUUUAAAUCCAAUUAUGUUUUCUGUUGCUACCUCCAUCUUUCUUCCUCAUUUGACCCUUCUUUUAACUCCAUAUCCAACCAGAAUUGAUUUAUAUUUACCCCUUCCCCAAUCUGAUUUUUACCCACAGAUUGUGAUUUGGAUCUGUGGGAAUUAUUGUAAUUAUUAGAAUGUGAAUAUGUAAAUGUAUCCAUGCUGUACAGGAAUAAUCAA